AUGGUUGUUCUCCAUUAUCAACUGCAAUUAGUAGAAUCAGCUCAAGCUCACUCAAAUCCAUCAACAUGCGCUCAUCUACUAGGACAAAGAAGCUUUGCCAGGGCCCUUGGUGCUAAUACUGCAACAGUUUUUGAAGCUCUCGUCAAUUUGAUAAACAUGUGGAAGCCUGCAAACGAUGACUUACCUGUGCCUCAAAAAUGGCGCAAACUAGACUCAAAUUCCAGUCCCGACUUUACAUUCAACAAAACUGCUUAUGGAGAAAAUCAGGCACAAAUUGACGAAGCAGAACCAUCGCACCAGGAAUCUUCGCUGGACUUAGACUCUGAGGUGCACAAUGAACGUCCCUCAAGCUUUAUUCAAGUCAUACCACACCCUCACACCGGCAUUAAGGAACCAACCAUUAUCUCACUAGAUACACCAACAACCUACAGUACUUUCAAUGUCCGUGGCAUCAACAGCAAACCAUGGGCUCCGUUCCGAACUCGUGCAGACUUUGAGUAUGCAGAAACCACUGUAAAAGGAUUAUUUAGCAAGGACAUCAUCAACACACAGUUACGUGGUAUACACGGUGGAUGGGCACGUGAAACGGCAAUCACACUGCAAAGCCACGUCAAUCUAGAACAUUCAUUGAAAAAAGCACGGAAACUAUGUCCUCAGUUUCGAGAGGGGAAUGUCUCAGCCGUUUAUUUGGGUGAGACAUUUCAUUUCAGUUUUGUGUAUCGCGAUUCCUGGGAAGUAUAUUGUGACUGGAUCAUGGAUGCCAGCUUAUCAUCCAUGAUAUUCUGGUAUCCGUGUAAGAAAUUCUUUUGUAGGCGCAAUGGCCGGGUCACUCUCAAGACUCAAAUAUAUGAUGAGUUUAGCACUGGUAAUAGAUGGUGGGAUAUACAGGAUCAGCUUCCCAAAGACGACAUCCCACACUGCUUUCUCCCGGUCUCCCUCUGGCUCGACAAGGGGAAUGUAACAAAACGAGUGCGAAAACACCCAAGCCUUCGAGGACUUCUUAGUUCUUAA